GCGCUGCCCCUCAGCAGCGGGUGCGGGCUCCCUCCGCCCCCGGCCCGCGCCGCUCGCCUUUGCCCCGGCCCGGCCGGCACCGGCGGCGCCUGAGGGAGGCUCGGCCCGGCCCGGCCCGGCCCGGCUCGGCUCGGCUCGGCUCGGCUCGGCUCGGCUGACCGACCCCGGGGCUCACUGGGGGUCUGUGCAGCAGCCCGGGCGCUGCCGCUGCCCCGCGGGAGGUUGUUGUUUAACACCCGUUUGCGGUUCGUUUGAAGCUUUGGGCAGGGGCAGAGGGCGGCCCGGGCUCCGUUCUGACCCGCCGGCGGGGCCGCGGCUUCUCCCCGCUAGGGGGUUUUUCCCCCCCGGGAAAUAGGCGUCGCCAUGGGUGAAGGAGCUGACAACACCAGCCUUGAGGCUCUGUCACCAGCCGAGGGAACCCCGAUCCUUCAGUUUGUAGAAGACAGGCUACAGACUACUAUGCUGACUGGAAUUGCCAUUGGAGCUGCAGUUGCCUUACUGCUCAUAGCAGUUGUGUUUGUCGUUUACAGAAGAGUGAGACAAUCUAGACAACUUCAGCCACAUGUACCUCAGUACAGGUUUCGCAAGAGAGACAAAGUGAUGUUCUAUGGACGGAAGAUCAUGAGGAAAGUUACCACUCUCCCCAACUCGCUGGUUGGGAACACUGUGCCUCGCCAGAGGAUGCGGAAGCGGGCGAAAGUUUUAUCUUUGGCUAAAAGGAUUCUACGUAUUAAGAAGGAAUGUCCAACUCUGCAGCCAAAAGAACCACCUCCCUCUUUGCUGGAGGCAGAUCUGACUGAAUUUGAUGUAAAGAACUCCCAUUUGCCAUCAGAGGUCUUAUACAUGCUUAAAAACGUGAGGGUCCUCGGCCACUUUGAGAAACCUCUUUUCCUGGAGCUGUGCAAGCACAUGUUUUUUGUGCAAUUGCAUGAAGGCGAAUACAUCUUUCGUCCUGGACAGCUGGAUAACAGCAUCUAUGUUGUGCAGGAUGGCAGGCUGGAAGUUUGCAUUCAAGAAAGUGAUGGAACAGAAGUGGUGGUUAAGGAGGUGCUGGCAGGAGACAGUGUCCACAGCCUUCUCAGCAUUCUUGAUGUUAUCACGGGUCACCCUGCUCCUUAUAAGACGGUCUCAGCCCGAGCAGCCAUCCCGUCCACCAUCCUGCGCCUCCCAGCAAGUGCCUUUCAAGAUGUGUUCCAGAAAUACCCUGAAACACUUGUCAGAGUGGUACAGAUCAUCAUGGUGAGGCUGCAGAGAGUGACAUUCCUUGCUUUGCACAACUACCUUGGUCUGACUACUGAGCUCUUCAACUGUCAGAGCCAAGCCAUCCCGCUCCUCUCCGUGGCAAGUGUCACAUCUGGAGGAAGUUCAAGCAAAGCAGUAAAAAGACAAGUGUCUAAUGUAUCAGAGGAAGAUCGUGGAGAGAGGUUUGACAAAGCUGGGGAAGCACUGGAAAUAGAUACAUUGAAGAUUCCUGGUACUGAAAAUUCUGAGCAUAUUUUCAGAAGGAGCCUUUCCUCACCUCCCUAUGCAGGGUCUACAGAGACUCCUAACAGUCCCAGUGGUGCAAAGUCAGACAUGGACAUGGCCUAUGAGAGAGCCCGAGUGCACUUUGGCUCAGAGGACACUGCCAGCAGCCCUGCUGUGGGCAAGUCGAUACUGAAGAAGACUGUGACAGUGACAGAAACUCCUUCAGCAGUUUUCCAUUACAGUGCUGUGCAAGAUCCCUGUAAUAGCAAACAUAUUGAUGCCAUUGUUGAAGCAGCAAAGAAAGACCUUUCAACCUUGAUGAAACUUGAUGAUCCUUCAUUGCUGAAUGGCAAAGUGACACUGCACCAGGUUACUGCUGGGACUGUGCUGUCAAGGCAAGGAGACCAGGAUGUGAAUGUUUGCUUUGUGGUCUCGGGGAUGCUUCACGUGUACCAGCGGAAGAUCGACUCGGAGGAGGACACGUGUCUGUUCAUCACCCAUCCUGGGGAGCUGGUUGGUCAGCUUGCUGUCCUGACUGGGGAACCACUCAUUUUCACCAUCAAGGCCAAUCGAGACUGCAGCUUCCUGUCCAUUUCCAAGUCCCAUUUCUAUGAGAUCAUGCGGGAGCAGCCAAGUGUAGUUCUUGGUGUGGCCCACACGGUUGUGAAGAGAAUGUCCUCCUUUGUUAGGCAAAUCGACUUUGCCCUGGAUUGGAUGGAGGUUGAGGCUGGACGAGCUGUUUACAGGCAGGGUGACAAGUCAGACUGCACGUACAUCGUGCUGAACGGGCGCCUGCGCUCCGUCAUACGGAUGGAUGAUGGGAAGAAGCACCUGACGGCUGAAUACGGCCGAGGAGACUUAAUUGGAGUGGUAGAGGCAUUAACCCAUCAGCCCAGAGCCACGACAGUACACGCAGUCAGAGAUUCAGAACUUGCCAAGCUCCCAGAGGGAGCUCUGACAUCCAUCAAACGCAAAUUCCCCCAGGUUGUGACUAGACUUAUUCACUUGCUGGGUGAGAAGUUCCUUGGCAGCCUUCAGCAGGGAGGUCAUCCUCUUGGAUUACACAGCUCGAGUAGCAAGUGGGAUGCCGGGAAUCCUGCCAGCAAUCUCUCCACUGUAGCAAUUAUGCCAGUGACUGAAGAGGUGCCACUUACAGCUUUUACUCUGGAGCUCAAGCAUGCUCUCAGUGCUGUGGGUCCUGCUUUGCUGCUCACCAGUGAUAACAUCAAACAACGACUUGGUUCUGCUGCCCUGGAUAGCAUCCAUGAGUACCGCCUGACCAGCUGGCUGGGCCAGCAGGAGGACAUCCACCGCAUCGUCCUCUACCAGGCCGACAGCACCCUGACGCCCUGGACCCAGCGCUGCAUCCGCCAGGCCGACUGCAUCCUCAUCGUUGGGCUGGGAGACCAGGAGCCCACUGUGGGAGAGCUGGAGAGGAUGCUGGAGAACACUGCAGUCCGAGCCCAGAAGCAACUGAUCCUGCUCCAUAAGGAGGAUGGGCCUCUCCCUUCCCGAACUGUGGAGUGGCUCAACAUGCGGAGCUGGUGUUCUGCUCACCUCCACCUCCACUGUCCACGCAGGGUCUUCUCCAGAAGAAGCCUGCCCAAGCUGAUCGAGAUGUACGAGCGCCUGUUCCAGAAGCCGCCGGACCGACACUCGGACUUCUCGCGCCUGGCUCGAGUCCUGACCGGCAACGCCAUCGCCCUGGUGCUCGGCGGUGGAGGGGCAAGGGGAUGCUCCCAAGUGGGAGUUAUCAGAGCACUGAUUGAAGCUGGCAUCCCUGUAGAUAUGAUUGGAGGAACGUCUAUUGGAGCUUUCAUGAGUGCCUUGUACGCUGAGGAACGCAGCUACAAUCAGAUGAGGAUCAAAGCCAGGCAGUGGGCCAUGGUUAUGAACUCAGUGUUCAAGACUAUUCUGGACUUGACAUAUCCAAUCACCUCUAUGUUUUCUGGAGCAGCUUUUAACAGCAGCAUCAACAGCAUUUUCAAAGAUAAGCAGAUCGAGGAUCUGUGGAUUCCUUACUUCACUAUCACAACAGACAUCACAGCCUCAGCAAUGAGGGUCCACACAGAUGGCUCUCUCUGGAGGUACAUCCGUGCCAGCAUGUCCCUGUCUGGGUAUAUGCCACCUCUCUGUGACCCCAAGGAUGGGCAUCUCUUGAUGGAUGGAGGCUACAUCAACAACCUCCCAGGGCUGCAUUUGCCUAAAAACCAGCAGUGGAAAUAAUGCCAAAUAGACCCCAGAAAUCAGCACCUGACGUUCUGUGGCUGUAAGCAGAAGCAGGAAUUGCAAAGCAAAGCACCUUUUCCACCUGCAUGUAUUGGAGAAGGCAGAGAGAGAGAUACAAUAGACUGAAGGAGCCCAGGAAUGUAAAUCUGAGUUACAGAACAGAUCUGAUAUUUUAAAUAAGUGUCUAAAUUAAGCACCUAAAUUGGCUCCUGAGAGCUCUGGUUUUCCUACGCACAACUAUUCUGGAAACUGCAACUAUCUUGGACUCUGGGGGUGUGGAAGAAACAUCAAUUCAUUCUGUGAGGUAUGUGUCCUUCUCUUCCCUCCCCUGGCACUUCCCUAAAUCCUCACCCAUAUCCAAAGGCUGCAGCUAGUCCUUGUGCUGACCUUGAAGUAGGAAGUGUUGCUGCAUUUCUCUCCCACUUCCAAACGUGAAUCUUUCUUGUGGAUCUCAAAGCUUUUCUUAGACUGAAACCCUCCCAGUGUCUCCUUGCUGCCUGGUUCCUGUGCUGCUCCUUUCCUUUAUUACCUCCUACCUGCAGGGUCACCCCUGCAGUGCUGACUGUCCUCUUUGAGGACACUGCUACUUGUUCUGUUCACAGCCCCCCCCCAGGUCUUUUGUUCUCAUGAGAACUGCUGCACGAUGGUGAAUUCAUGUGGGUCUGAACUGUGUGUGUCCCAUCUCCUCUCCCCCACUUCUUGCUGUACAGUUUUGAUGCUGCCUUUGAUUCUAGUGACAGUGUGGCCUCAGAGAGAGCCAGGUCAUCCUGCUGAUGUUUAGCAGUAGUUCAGCAGUGGGAACCCACCCAGAGGUGAUGCAGGGAGCAGCACACGCUGGGACCUCGCCACUGAAAUGGAGCUGGUGUGGGGAAGGAGCCUCCCCAAGAGGGGAAUGGUCUCAGCAGAGUUGCUGCAAGUGUUUAUAUCUGAGAUUGUUCAAACAGAUGCUUAUGGUAGGUAGGACAUCAGGUUACAUGCUCCCUAGCAGUAGGUAGGUGAACUUUGGCUGAGCAACACCAGGAUGGGCAACACUGGCACUGACACCACCCUUCUUCCCACUUCACUCUGCCCUGCUGAGGCCUCAUCUGGAGUCCUGUGUCCUCUUCUGGGCUCCCCAGCUCAAGAGGGGCAGGGAACUGCUAGAGAGAGGCCAGUGCAGGGCCAGCAAGAUGCUGAGGGGACUGGAGCAUCUUCCUUGUGAGGAAAGGCUGUGGGACCUGGGGCUGUUGAGGCUGGAGAAGAGAAGGCUCAGUGUUGACCUUAAGGGUGGGUUUCGAGAGGAUGAAGCCAGUCUUUUUUCAGUAGCACCCAGUGACAGCACAAGGGGUGAUGGAAAUAAGCUGGGACACAAACAGUUCCACUGGCACAGGAGGAGCAAGUCCUUUGGUGCUGAGCUGAGCCCUGGCCCAGGCUGCCCAGGGAGGGUGUGGAGGC